UGGUCAAAGACAGGUCAUUUCAGUUUUGUCUUGGUGCCCCUCUUGUAAACAUGUACCAUUCAAUAAUUUUCGUUAAUUUAGCUAAAAACGUUUAACCAUUUAGAAAAUAAAAACAACGCAUGCGCAAUACAGUCUAAAGACAAAGGUGUUGUGUACAAACCAGUGCAUCAGUCAGCUGUAAAUUCAGGAAUGGCUUAGUUGGGGUGUGUUUUUGUGGUGUUUGUGGGAUUAUUUUGUGCAGGAAAAUGUUGAGUGAAUUUGUUUACUUGUUUCCUUUGCUUUUCUUGCUUCCUCGUACUAAAACUGAUAAUUUGCCCUUCAGACCCAUCAGUAAACCGCUGACAUUUCCAAAAGAAAAUCGCCUCAACGAGUUCAUUCGCCACUACGAGCCUCUCUCGUACGACACCUCCGACGUGCAUCGAGCCCAUAUCCGUGCUCGCCGUUCUGUCAGUCGUGAUAAUCUCAUCCACGUGUCGUUUCGGGCUCACAACCGUGAUUUCCAUCUAAGACUGAAAAGAGACCUUGAUGUGUUCAGCGAUUCGAUGGAAGUUCACGGUCCUGAAGGCCGGAUAGACGUCGAUACGUCGCACAUCUACAAAGGCCAUCUUUUAGGUGAGCCGGAAAGUUCUGUCUUUGGUUCGUUAAUUGAUGGAGUCUUCGAAGGGAAGAUCGUUUCACCUAAAGGCUCUUUUUACGUUGAGAAGGCUCGACAUUAUUUUCCUCAUACCACACAUCCAAAUAGAACAUUCCAUUCGGUCAUUUACCACGAGGAUCACGUAGAAGAUCCAUACGAACAUGUUAGAGAGGGUCAUUCAGCUGGAUGUGGUAUCACCGACGAGGUGAUCCAGUGGAUGGAUCGGGUACAGAAUUCGGGGGUGGACGAUGAAUCACCGCCGCCACCACCACCACCGCCCAAAGAGACAUUCCGAAAACGUAAGAAAGUCGCCGAUGGUGAUAAAGUUCAAUUCAAGUCCGUCGAAAAUUACGAAGACAAGAUCAGCAAGUAUUCGAAAGAGGCGAACGAAGAUCACGCGAGACAUAAAAGGGCAACGCGAAGAGACGAAAACAAGAACACUUGUUCGUUGUACAUCCAGACGGAUCCACUCAUCUGGAGGCACAUCAGGGAGGGCUUUCCAGAGCAUUCUGACCCGAAAAAGGAAAACGAAGUCAACGAAAAGACACGAGAAGAAAUCUUGUCAUUAAUCGCACAUCACGUCACUGCCGUUAAUUAUAUUUAUCGUGAUACGAAAUUUGAUGGGAGAAGCGAACAUCGUAAUAUCAAAUUUGAAGUUCAAAGGAUUAAGAUCGACGAUUAUUCUUCCUGUAGCUGCAAGCGAUGUCCCGAAAUGAAUCAAUUUUGUUUAGAAAACAUCGACGUUAGUAAUUUCCUAAAUAUCCAUUCGUUGGGUAAUCACGAGGACUUUUGUCUGGCUUAUGUCUUCACGUAUCGGGAUUUCACGGGAGGUACUCUGGGUCUGGCUUGGGUCGCAAGUGCGUCGGGGGCUUCCGGAGGUAUCUGCGAGAGAUACAAGACUUACACUGAAACAAUAGGAGGCAUGUAUCAGUCAACGAAGCGCUCCUUAAACACAGGGAUCAUCACUUUCGUCAACUAUAAUAGCAGAGUGCCCCCUAAAGUGUCCCAACUGACUCUAGCGCACGAAAUCGGCCACAAUUUUGGCUCUCCUCAUGACUAUCCGCCCGAGUGCCGUCCCGGGGGCCUCAACGGCAACUUCAUAAUGUUUGCCUCGGCAACAAGCGGCGACCGCCCCAACAACAGCAAAUUUUCAAGUUGUAGCGUUGGCAACAUCUCUAAUGUUUUAGACGCCAUCGAAGACAAUAAAAAACGCAAUUGUUUCACAGCUUCAGCUGGUGCUUUCUGUGGCAAUAAAAUCGUAGAAGCAGGAGAAGAGUGUGAUUGUGGUUACGACGACAACGAGUGUCAAGACAAAUGUUGUUAUCCUCGUCUUGUCAGCAAUCAAGAUAAACAAGAGAAUGCAUCGGCGAAAGGCUGUCACCGGCGACGUGGUACCCAAUGCAGUCCUAGUCAAGGGCCGUGCUGUAGUGGCGACACCUGUCGCUUUGUCCCUCUCUACUUCGGCGAGGUUUGCAAGACCGAAUCGGAUUGUUCGAUGUCGUCGAAAUGUGAUGGAAAGUCGGCUGAGUGUCCUCAGCCCCAGCCUCGGCCUGAUAAAACUCGGUGCAAUAAUGGAACACAGUUGUGUAUUAAGGGGGAGUGUUCAGGGUCUAUUUGUCUUGAAUGGAACUUACAAGCUUGUUCGAUUACCUCACAAGGUAAUCCAAAUAUCGAUAAAAGAAAAUUGUGCGAGUUGGCUUGUCAAAACGGAACAGAUGUGUGCCGAAGUACGAGCGAAUUUGCUGAAAAAGUCGGGCUUCCACCAGGUGGGAUCAGUUUAAGGCCGGGAGCACCGUGCGAUAAUUUUCAGGGCUACUGUGACGUUUUCCUCAAAUGCCGAGCGGUGGACGCUGACGGCCCCCUAGUCAGAUUAAUGAAUCUCUUGUUGAACAAGGAGACGUUAUUGAGCGUCGCCCAAUGGAUAACGAAUUACUGGUGGGCGGUCCUGUUGAUGGGCAUUGGAUUUAUCAUUUUCAUGGGUCUGUUUAUUAAAUGUUGCGCCGUACACACGCCAUCCUCCAAUCCGAAGAAACGUCCAGCGAGACGCAUUAGCGAUACACUUCGCAGACCCAUGAACACGCUUCGGCGAAUGCGACACCACCAGAAUGGGGCGCAACAUGCGUCACCCCAUGGACCUGUAAAUAGUCGAAGUCGGAGUGAAAGGUCGACGAGACCCAGUGCUAGUCAAGGGCCCCGGCCGGGCUACGGGGAGGGGAGGGGACACUACGCGCCGAAAGAGUAUUCCUCAUUAGCGACAGCGCCCCCUUCCGGUUACAACCGUCAAAACCACCCAUACGCAGGCGCGUACGACCGUAACGCCUACGAGAUGCGUCACAAAGUUUGACAGAACGGUCAAGUCGGGGCAGUUCGGGUGUCUCCGCCGCCCGAUUACCCCGGCACACCGAUGGCCAACAUACAUUUCGAGGGUCCCAUGGCACAAACGUCGAACAAACAUAAGAACACUAGUGUACAGGGUGGCUCAACUUAACAAACUCGUGUUCUGUGAUCGAUUAGAACCACGAAUCAAUAAAAAAGUGUGUGUGAUAUUACGAAACUCGAAAUGAUUGAAAACGGGUGCAUUUAUCUAUAGUCACCUAGAUUUUAAGAAUGAGUUUUUAUGGUAUUAGUUGGCUUCCGAUGAAAGGCUGAAACGGAUUUGCGAUUUUUAAUCUGCCAACUCGAUUUUUAAUUUAUUUAUUCGCCAUUUCUGCACCAAAUGAUUAGGUUUUAGGUUUACGUACAUAUCCGAACAAAUUUAUCGAUCAAAUUUUUCGAUUAUGGAGGAAUUGAAUUUUUUUAUUGUGAAUUCGGUUUGUCCAUAAUUUUGUCGAUUACAUCACAGCUGCGUUUUUGAAAAUUGUUGAAAUUUCGUGCAGAGAUCUCAUUUUAAAUGAUUUGUCCUGAAAUUUGCUAUUUUAAUAUAAUUAAGGGACACAAUUUUACAUUUAAAACAUUGUUGAAUUUCAGGAAAUUGUGAUACAAAUCUAAUUUGCUGUUUUGUAAUGUCUCAAUGGAGAAAUCUAUAUUUGAUGCUGAAAAUCUGUAUUAAUGAAAUUGUAAAAUAUUGAUAUAUUAUGUAAAUAUUGGAAAAUAAUUGUUUUUAUAUGAAGUAUGUAUCAUAUUCUUCACCUUUGUUUUAGAGUAGUGGAUUUUACCUAUGUCUAGCAUUUGUUUGAUUUUUUUGACGACGUAUAAUUGUAUCAGAUUUUUUAUUAUGCUAGUAGGUACAAUCCAACCUCGAUGACCAAUAAUUGUUGUGCAUGUCGCUUAAUACAUGUACCAAAGUCAUUGGAUGACUCUAUAAUACUGUGAAUAAAUAAAUGUGUUAUUGUCAAAUGUAAAAUAAAAACAAAGUCAUACAUUUUUCACA